AUGGAAACAAGCAUUGCGGUAAAUCUUCAAUGCCAAGAACAAUUGACGAAAUGUAAUGACAUUGUUUGCACUAAGAAAAAAGAACCUAUCUUCUGUGAAGCAUGUCAGUAUGAUGAAUCAUUUGAAGAAGCAACGGGAUUCUGUGUGACAUGUGCCGAGUAUUUGUGCCAGACCUGUUGUCGCGAUCACAAAAGAAACAAAGUAACAAGAACUCACUCGCUAUUAAAGAAUGAUGAUAUUCCCGUUGACAUAACACCGUUUACGACCAUUAAGCAGCUAUCGACCUGCGAAAUCCAUCCUGAUAACGACAUCGCAUACGAAUGUGAAGACCAUGAAGCAUUGGUUUGUGUUUUCUGUCUCACGGACAGCCAUCGGAAAUGCGAAAAUGUCCAUGAUCUAGGAGUUGUUGAUUCUGCCGAUUCGAGUGUUGACAUGAUGGCAGCACUUCAAGAAAGAAUACAGGCGUUACAAUCACAAAGGGAAGAGCAACGGAAGACAAUCGAAAUAGAACAACAAAAGGUUAAAACCAAUAUUCAUAGUCUGGUAACCAAAUGGAAGGACCAUAUAAUCGGUUUGGGAAAUGACCUUGAAAUAAAAUUAAGCGAAAUGUCGUUGUCCGAGACGACGCAAUUGAUAGAACAUAUCGAUUGCUGUCAAGAAAUCCAGACUGAGAUAAAGAGGAACAAGUCAUUGGUAGACACGCUUAUGAAACAUGGAACUAAACGGCAAAUCUCUGUUGUUCUGAGACAAACGAACCAUGCACGCGCUAAUCUGAAAGAGAAACUGCAGACACUGGAACGCCAGCGUCAACAAAGUACCGUGCUUAUGAACGUCAAAGAAUUCGAUUUGCCAACAACGAUCGCAGAAUUAUCUUUAGAAGAGGAGGGCAAAGAUGAAUUUGACAUCAUGGAACACACAAGUGAUGAAGUGCUUGUUACUUUAGAUUCGGAAAAUAGACCAAGGGAGAAAAUUAAUGAAUCCUUACAGACGAGUUUUACUGCCUCGAACCCUGAUGCAAACCAAAGAUCGCUCAGACCGGUAACGAAAAUAGAAAAAUCCAUACAGACUGUCUCUCAUGUUGCGAUCCCUGAUGCAAAAAAAAGGUCAUCCAAACGGUUUUCAGAAAGACAAAUCGGGCAAAAAAUAACUCGUUUCAUUGUUACAACAGAGACAGACUUAUACACGUGCAGUAUUUUUGCCGUUUACUUAACGGAGUACGGAGUCCUCGUUGCUGAUUAUGGCAACAGCAAACUUAAGCUCUUCAGUCGUAAAUUUGACUUAAUUUGUGAACACUCGCUGCCCGGACAGCCGGUCGAUAUGUGCUGCGAUGGAGAGAAUUGCUAUGUCUGUUAUUCAGAUCUAAAGAAAGUGACGAAACUGUGCAUAAACAAGACAUCCAUUUGGAGGUGUUAUGAAUAUUGCACCAAAUAUCAACCACUUAGCCUGACUGUGUUCGACUCUCGACUUAUGAUUUUGUUUGCGUGUAAUGAGAAUUUUGACAACACUGAAGCUGACGAUGUACAUAUUGAAAUUCGAAAGGGAAAUUCAAUAAAUGUUUCCAUCUAUGAACCCUAUCAAAACGAUGUAAAAGAGGCAAAGCGAAUUUUUCGCUUCGAUGCGUCUUCCAUAGUUGUCUCGGAAAACACGAGUGUGUCCUGCUAUGAGGUUGACACUAAAACACAAGAACUACCAAAUCGAAAAUGGUUCUACAAACCAUUUAAGCAAAACGUUCUCAAAAAAGCAAAAGGGGUCGCGAAAGACAGUGAAGGGAAUAUCUACAUUUGUGGUGAAGAUUCCAACAACGUUCAUCAGGUGUCGUCUACUAAUAACAGAUGUGACCGUGUGAUUGUUCAGAACAUCAACUGCCCCGUGUGUGUUGCUCUGGACGAUCAGAAAGAUAGACUCAUAAUCGGAUGUCGCGAUGAUGAUUAUCUGCAUGUAUACUCCUUCAAAUAG